ACCCAGACCAUAAGCAAGUGCAGAGAAGGAGCAAUCCCAGCGACCACAGAUUUUUCGAUUGAAUUACCUAAUAUACCCCCGAAAUACAGUUGUACGGUAGUCUUGUUUCUUCCGGAAGCAGCAGAUUACUAGCUAGGCUGCUGCGGUUGAGAAAUUCACCGAUAAAGAGUCGCCGGCAGAGCUGGGUACGGUUAUAUUUGGCAUGAUGGGAUUUUGCCUAUGUCCUCUGGAAACUCCGGCGAGGUUGCUGUGGAGCACCAGUUUCUUCCGCCACAAGCUCAUGCUUUUCUAAUCAAUAACAAACAUCCCUAUUAAGUAAGUACACGAUAAACGUAACCACGUCUGGUCGUCGUUUCAAUACUUUCACCUCACCUACCCAAAGAUCACUACCCGUCUUCACCUCACUCACACCCCCGCAUCAAUAACCCUGGUGUGUGACGUCUUUCGCCGGAGAUCUGAAACAUAUACUUGUAACUAACUAUACUAGUGCAAUGGAUUCCGGGCGUAUCUACUUUGAUCCAUCGUGCCACGGCAACAUGUUGUUCCUCGGAAGUGGUAAUCCAGUAUUCCCCGGAGCAAGAUCGGUGUUGAACGUGGAGGAAACCUUGAAGAGGAGACCUUUUCUCCGCUCGCCGGAAGAACUCUUCGACGAAGAAUAUUACGAAGAGCAGUUGGCCGAGAAAAAGCGCCGCCUAACUCCUGAGCAGGUGCACUUGCUGGAAAAGAGCUUUGAGGCUGAAAACAAACUGGAGCCAGAGCGGAAAACCCAGCUGGCCAAGAAGCUGGGCUUGCAGCCCAGGCAGGUGGCCGUGUGGUUCCAGAACCGCCGUGCCCGCUGGAAGACCAAACAGCUUGAGAGGGACUAUGAUCAACUCAAAUCUUCCUAUGAUUCCCUUCGGUCUGACUACGACUCUGUAGUCAAAGAGAAUGAAAAGCUCAAAACUGAGGUUCUUUCCUUGACUGAGAAGCUGCAGCAGGGCAAAGAGGCGGUUGUAGAACCCCGCUCAAAACAGAAAUCUGAUGCACUUCCAGUGGAUGAGCUCCUUGCUUCGGACCCUCAGUUCAAUGUGAAAGUGGAGGACCGCCUGAGUACUGGAAGCGGUGGGAGUGCGGUGGUAGACGAGGAUGGUCCUCAGCUGGUGGACAGUGGUGAUUCUUACUUCCCUUGUGAUGAUUACGCAGCUGGAUGUGUUACUCCAGCAGCCGAUGGUGUUCAAUCGGAAGAAGACGAUGGCAGUGACAAUGGCCAGAAUUACUUGUCCAAUGUGUUUGUGGCUGCUGAACAGCAAAACCAGGAGGGAGAGCCGGUGGGCUGGUGGGUCUGGUCAUAGGUCAAUUUACACCGCUGUACAAGAAAACGCCGUAGCCUUGUAUUGCUCUUUGUCAUGUAAUAGCAGUAUGUAUUUCCAGUAGUUGCUUUUGGAAUCUCAGAGCAAUUACUUGUAGGACAAAAUGACUCCCCACCCCAGCAGAAGGUGACCUGUGUGUUGCCUGCGGAUAUAAAAUUAUAAAUAAAAAACCAAGUGCUUUGGUUUUAA